ACAUUUGCCACUUUCUGCAGCCUUGUGACUAAUGAACUGAUCCAAGACUAAUCAAUCCGAUGCAGACAGCAUGUCCAGCAUGGCGGUAGAUGUGAGGCUCUUUUCUGCCCGAAAACAACAUCGCGGCGAAAACAUACGCCCAAAGGGACUUGUAGCUCCUGGAGAUGUUAUUACAACAGAUGCGGGCUUUAUGAGAGGUCACGGAACAUAUCUGGACAAUGAACAGCUUCUGUCAUCUGUUGCGGGUGCAGUGGAGAAAGUAAACAAGCUCAUCACUGUUCGUCCACUCAAAACACGCUACAUUGGCGAGAUUGGAGACGUCGUUGUCGGACGUAUUGUUGAAGUUCAGCAAAGACGGUGGAAAGUUGAAAUGGCCUCACGUCUGAAUGCAUCUCUAUUGCUUUCUUCAGUUAACCUACCUGGAGGAGAAUUGAGGAGAAAAUCGGCUGAGGAUGAACUGCUAAUGAGACAGUACUUGUGUGAAGGCGACCUCAUCAGUGCAGAAGUCCAGUCAAUUUUUGCUGAUGGGUCACUGUCACUACACACCAGGAGUCUCAAGUAUGGCAAGCUUGGCCAAGGCACUUUAGUGCUCGUGUCGCCAUCAUUGAUCAAGCGCUGCAAAACUCACUUCCACAACCUCCCUUGUGGUGUCCAAAUCAUCUUGGGCAACAAUGGUUAUGUUUGGAUCUGCCCCCUUCCAUCUGAAGAAGGCACCAAGUUUGUUCAGAGUGUUGAUAUGGUCCCUGAAGUGACCAGAGAAGCCAUAUCGCGAGUCAGGAAUUGCAUCCUGGCUCUAGCACGGCAUAACGUUGUCCUGUUUGAUACCAGCAUUGUGUAUGCCUAUGACAUCUCAUUAGAACACAAGGUGAAUGCCCUCUUGAAACCCGAGGUAAUGCGAGAAGUGGCUGACUUAACAAAGCAAAAGCUGCUUCAGGAGGCAUAGAAGUGAGAAAUAAAACAAAGAUGAAAUGCUU